GCAGGAACAGUAGGAGGAUGCCGUCGGGCGCAGCUUUCCGCAAUGGUGUGGGCGGGCGCUUCAUGCAGCGGGGAUAAAAAGGGUAGCACUCCAGAGUUAGCUACGUAGCAAGGGGUUGCAAUCCUCGCAACAGUGUUGACUAUGUAAUGUCUGACUGGAUGCUUACCGUCACCGCACUUGGCUAUUGCAUUUUUGUUCGUUUUCUUAUCAUACUUUGUGGAUGAGCACUUCGGAUAUGCGCAAGCGGGAUGAAGAAACGAAGCCUUUUUUCUACCCGAAGUAAAAUAAAAUAGGGAUUUUCAAAGAUUGGAAUUACUACUUCUCCCGUUCCCUAUGAAGAAGUCAAAAAUUUGGAUACACAUCUGUUUCCAUUUAUUGCUGUUCAUUGCAGUUGCUGCCCAUUCAAGUGAAAUUGGAAACCCUAUAACAGAUGAUAUUGAGAAAAUAUCUAUAUUGAAGCAAAACAUACCUAAAGAUUACAAGAUCACCGUAAAAUAUAUUCCAAUGGAGGAGAGUGGUUCAUGCUGGGUGAAACUAAAUGUAUUUCACUUGGAGGAAAGUCUAAAAGUCUUGGCCCGCAAAUUUGGAAAUAUCUCCUCAAACAAAGAUCAUAUAAACACAUUUAUACAGAUCCUACGAGAGAUGCGGUAUCACAUUGGCAAUGUCUUGGAUGAUACAAUGCUGGAAUUUCAGUGCCACUACAGGGAAGAAAAAUGGCCGACAGGGGAUUAUUUUGAAUUUGUUGAAUAUUUCUUUAAAAUGGCCAAUUCUUCCAGAGAAGAUGAAGACUGUGAAUCCCCACCCUGCCCAACUGUAGAAGUUACUACAACAACUUCACAUCCCACAAAAGCAGGAUCGCUCAGUCCGCCUUCUGCAGGAGCAGGGAAGCUAAAAGAUAAAGAGAUGAUGCACUGGGUCCUUCCAGAAAACCUAGAAAAGAGCCUGCUAUCACUUCUACUCAUUCCAGUCAUCGCCAUUAUGCUUCUGUUUGCAUGGAAGAUCAAGUCUAGAAGACGUGCUGCGCUGACAGACAAAGAAGCAGAAGAUGUCAUCAAAGGAGUGUUGGAUGACAGCUCACCCCGAUUAGAAGAUGUCUUUGAGGAGAAGAAAUGUUUGAACGUCAUUGAAAUUAUUGAAACAGUGUAAUUCCGUCACAGGAUCUUCAUUUAAAGGAUCGCUGUUCAAAAGCCAGAGGGGACCAAUAAGCAGCUGAUGGUUAGUUUUUUAAGAAUGUUGUUCUGGACUCAGUUCUUGAUCCAUAAAUACUGCUGCUGCUGCAACACUGCAGGAAACCCUGGGUAUGUCCCACGUGUGCAGCAUGUGAGUGUAUUGUGUGUUGACAUGAUGGCAGUCGUCUACAGAUUUGAUCGUGGCAUAUUCACUUAGCAGCCGAGCUUUUUUUUUUCUGGCUGGAUGAUGAUGUUCUUUUGUUUUUCUUUGAGGAAUCUAUGUAGUCAGACUCCACUCACCCCAAAAGAUAUAUACUGAGAGACCUAUUAUUAAAAAACAAACAUACUCACGCUGUUGCAAGCAUUCAUUUUUUUUCAAAGACCUCUGUCUGAAGAAAACACUCUGGAAGGGCUACGAAUCCAUUUUUCUUUAAGGAGUAAGUAUAAAUGACUACCUCCACGUGCACUGGUCUUAAGCACCGUAUUUUUAAUUGUAACACCUUUACUAUUUGCAAUUGGGUUACACCUUGAUGACAAUUGGAAUGAUGCUAUGAAAUCUUGAAAUAUUUCAUGUGUUCUGUGUAUCAGUGUGUUGAAUCAGUUAUAAACAACCCAAUGUGGAGAUUUUAUUUAUUUGUUUGUUUGUCUUGUUAGACAAUUUGCUGGUUAUUUGUGCAUUUUUUUAUGGCAGUAGGGGGUAUUUGUAGUAAUAAAAACUGCAAACUUGUGCCAUGAA